ACUCCUGUAAUACUGCAGAGGGAGCUGGACAGAUCAUUAAGGGGAAAGAGAUGCUGGACACAAGGGACCAAGGCCUGCUCUGCACUAAGGCUUCUUCCAACCAGUGCUGCUGGGGAUCUCUGACCUGCUGACCAGCCAGGAGCCCACCAGGGGAGGACCUCCUCCUGAUUUCAGUUGCUGAUCUCAGCUCCCAGCCAUCAAGAAAUCAAGAUCUCAAAACCAGCAUGGUGUGAAAUUUUUCUGUAUAACCACUAUUCAGCGGAGAGCAGUUGAAAACAUGUUAAUCAACUAAGUACUGAGUUCACUUCAGUUCCAGGAUAAGGAAUUCAAGGCCCCAGAAAAUGCAGAUUGAUCCUGACAGUGAUCAACCCCUGAACCUUGGUGUCACCCCUCUGCGCAAACCCUGCACUUUCCUGAAGACCUUCAAAAAAGUGGGGAUUCCCAUCAUCACAGCACUGCUGAGCCUGGCAAUCAUUGUCAUCAUGGCUGUCCUCAGGAAGUGGCAGCCUUCACACCCUCAUUAAUGCCCCCACCUGCAACUUCACCCCACAUCAAGGUGAUCCUGGAUAAGUACUACUUCCUCUGUGGGCAGCCCCUCCACUUCAUCCCCAGGAAACAGGUGUGUGAUGGCCAUCAGGACUGUGCCUCAGGAGAAGACGAGCAGUACUGCGUCAAGAACUUUCCUGACAAUGGGCCUCCAGUGGCAGUCCGCCUCUCCAGAGACAGAUCCACCCUUCAGGUGCUGGACCCAGCCACAAGGAACUGGGCUUCUGUCUGUUUCAACAACUUCACAGAAGCUCUGGCCCAGAGAGCCUGUGGGCAGAUGGGCUUUGACAGUGGCAAACCCACCUUCAGAGCUGUAAAGAUUGGUCCAGUCCAAGAUCUACAUGUUGUUGAAAUCACAGCAAACAGCCAGGACCUUCAGGUGCAAAAUUCAAGUGGAUCCUGUCUCUCAGGCUCCCUGGUUUCCCUGCAGUGCCUUGCCUGUGGGAAGAGCCUGAAGGCCCCUCGGGUGGUCGGUGGGGAGAAGGCCUCGGUGGAUUCUUGGCCUUGGCAGGUUAGUAUCCAGUACAACAGACAACACAUUUGUGGAGGGAGCAUCCUGGACUCACACUGGAUUCUCACAGCAGCCCACUGCUUCAGGAAGCAUCUUGAUGUGUCCAACUGGAAGGUGAGAGUUGGCUCAGACAAAAUGGGCAACUUCCCAUCCCUGCCUGUGGCCAAGAUCUUUGUCACUGAGCUCAAUAUCACAUACCCCAAAGAGAAAGACAUUGCUCUUGUGAAGCUGCAGUACCCACUCACAUUCUCAGGCACAGUCAGACCCAUCUGCCUGCCCUUCUCUGAUGAGGAGCUCACUCCAGCCACCCCACUUUGGGUCAUCGGAUGGGGCUUUACAGAGCCGGGUGGAGGGAAGAUGUCUGACAUACUGCUGCAGGCAUCAGUCCAGGUCAUUGACAGGACUCAGUGCAAUGCAGAGGAUGCAUACCAGGGGGAAGUUACCAAGGAGAUGCUGUGUGCUGGUGUCCUGGAGGGUGGUGUGGACACCUGCCAGGGUGACAGCGGUGGGCCCCUGAUGUAUCACUCUGACCUGUGGCAAGUUGUGGGCAUCGUGAGCUGGGGCCAUGGCUGCGGGGGCCCAAGCACCCCAGGAGUAUACACCAAAGUCACAGCCUAUCUCAACUGGGUCUACAGUGUCCGGAAGUCUGAAUCAUGAUGCUGCUGCUCCUCCACAGUGCUCGAAACUGCUUCCUCCCUGUCCUGCCCACCUGGGGAUCCCCCAGAAGCCAGACACAGAGCAAGAGCCUCUUUGGGCACACCUCUCCACCCACAGCCUCAGCAUUUCUAGGUGCAACAAAGGGCCUCCAUUCCUAUAAGAGACCCCAUAGCCCACACACACUCAAGACGAAGUUAGGAGCUCCAGUACAGCCAACCCCCAGUGCUCCCAAUAUCCCAAGGAGGGAGACACAGCUCACUGAACAGGCCAGUCUCUGAGCCAGUCUCAGAAGGCAUUGCUGAGCUCAGAAGGAACAUCCCCACUCCACUAAAUAGAAGUAGACUUUCUGGUGAGAGCCCAGAUCACCAAAAGCUGGAAUGCAGGGAGGAAAGGGUCUGAGCCAGCUUUCUCUUUCUCCACCCAUCCCCACAUCUACCUGGGCAAGAAACCAGUUGUGAUGUAAAAUGCACUGUCCUGCUGUUGGCACAGCUACCCGUAUUUACUGUUUUUGUUAUUGUUACCUAUAUGGCUGCUUUUAUUAAACAGGUAU